AUGUAUGUGCGUCAGCCCAAUGCCCGCUACCAACUCCAAGUCGGUGUUUGGGACGGUCAGGCGUUCACCCCGGUCGCUCUUGUGAACAACGAAAGUACUGGUUACGAAGAGUUUGUCUGUGACUUCUCCAACUAUGACGGUGCUGCCGGCAGAAUCGCCUUCCGCAACGUGCUGGACAACGGCAAAGAGCUGGAUUACAGUAUCAACUACAUCGACAAUAUCGAGGUUUCCACUUUCGAAGUUGCACCUUGUGAUGCUGUCACAAACGUGAACGAGACGGAGAGCUUCGAGGAUUACACCCAGUCAACCGUUGCCGCAACGGGCGUGAUGCCCACUUGCUGGGAGGUUGUUGAGAAAGAAGUGGAGAUGGCAUACGACAAGUAUCCGCAAGUCUAUUACAACCCGGACUUUGCCGGCACGGGCAACUACACGCUGAAGAUGAUAGACCGUUGCGUGGUGGCAAUGCCUGAACUUGCGGACAAUAUCAACCUGAUUAAUGUGACGCUGACCAUGACGCUUCGCCAGCCCAACGAGGCUUAUCAGCUUGAGGUCGGUGUUUGGGAGGAAGGUCCUAACGGAUAUUACUUCAAUCCCGUGGCCACGUUCCACAAUGCUGACAAUACGGUGACCGAGGUGUCCUGCGAUUUCGCAAACUACCCGGGCAGCGGCAACCGCAUCGCGUUCCGUAACACGUUAGGCAAUGGCAAGAACUGGAAUUACAGCUACAACUACCUUGACGACAUCACGCUCACGCUCACGGCAGCCAAGAAUGCCGAGAGCAGCAGUGCGAACGUGAUCGACGAAAUCGGUGUCGAGCGUUAUCUGGAAGGCAUCGUUGUCUAUCCGAACCCGACGGUCGGUGAACUCCACAUCGGCGCGGUUGACGUGCAGAAGGUGGAAUGCUACAACCAGAUGGGCCAGCUCGUGGCCGUUUACGACAACGAGAACAACAUCAACAUCAGCGCACUCGCUGACGGUGUCUAUACCCUUCGUAUCACCGUGCCGCAGGGCGUGACCAUG